UUUUCAAAAGGUCCUAUGUGCAAAAACCUCAAUCUGAGUAAAUUGAUGUCAAAGUUUUGCUGGACAUUUUUAAAUCCCAUUUAAACAAGGUUGAGUAUUUUUCAAUUCUAAAAACGCACAAAUGGACCUAGAAUGAUGCUUUUUAAGUAUUCUUCACGGGAACUAUCGAAAGUCUUGUUAAAACUUAUUUCUAAAUAAAUUUGUUUCAUACGACCUUUGAGUGCACAUAGGACACGCUUCAUAGAACUUUUUUUGCAGAUAGGAUUAACCACAUUGGAGCAAAUCUGUGCAGCAUUGCACAUAGGAUCUUUCUAAACUUAAUUUAAAUCUUAAUUUAAAAAGAACAACUUUUUCAUGAUAAUUAUGAUUACCCAAUCCUCGCGCAACGUGUAGGCAACAGCUGAUCGAGACCAUGAAAUAUUUCAAUGCUUUCCAGCGCGAGAGAGAGAAACCGUUAGGAGAACAAAUCGACCAAUCAGAGAACUCGUCGGCAUCUGUCAGAUAGGUGCUUGCAAAUUAACUUACACGACAAUGUAAACAAAGUUUAGCCGAGUACGCAUAGGACUUUUCAGGUUUUUCAAACUUUCAAUUGUUUUUUGCUUUUUCUUUCGUUUUUAUGUUGUUUAAUCCUGUCGUAAGCUGUUCAGAUCUAGUCGGAAAACAAGUAAGUGUGCCCAAAUCUUCACCGGAAGAAACUAUCCUACCUGGAGGCAGACCAGCGCGGAUUCCUAGUGACGUGCAACAUGCUCGAGCAAAACUGCACUCGGGACACGUACCGGCUACAAACGAGUACGCCAAUCUGUACGGGAAGGUUGUCGAAUCUCCACCUCCGAUCAAUGAAAAACCUGUCGAAAAAGGCGCGGCAGAGCAAGAAAAGGACGAGGAGGGGGAUAACAUUUCGUUGCUGGUGCAAAAACCAAACCGAAGCAGCCAAAACGAAUAAAAAAAAGUACCGGUUCGAGUCGGUAGUCAACGGGGCGAAAAACAUCUGCUCCAUUAAGACGGGAUGAACAAUCCGACGGUCCAAGAUUCUGCAGGACGCGGCCGGAACCAAGAAAUAUUGUGCGGCUAAUUCCAAUCACCAAUGCCAACCUGAUGGACAUAAUGGACGGCGCCGGAAAGCUGUUCGAUCUGUAAGUUAUGAAGGAACCGAAAACGUUCGCGAUCAUUUUCAACCGGUGAUUGAACAACGGACUGGACCGCGAGAUCCUUCUUAACCUCGCGCGCCUUGUCCACUACCUCAUGCUCCAUGCGGGCAUACUUCUUGGUGUACUUGGCCGCGCGCAGCAGGUUCUACCUAACGCGGAGUAGCUUAACGGCCUGCAGCUGGCGGCGCAGUUUUCUGGGUGGGCCAACAGCUUAGCCCUCGUUGCCUUCAGCUUGGAUUCUGGCACCACCGGCAGUUUUAGGGAUUCCUUGGAACGUAGACGAUUGCCCGUUUCCAACACUUCGUUCCACUCAUUCCAGCAUUCCACUCGAGAUGAUCCGAAUCGGCCACCGUGCAAGGCGGAAAUUUCGUUUGGAAUGUGCUGUCUUUGGAGGUGUGAGUUUAGCAAUUGUUUAUAGUAGGAAAAUACCGAGGAACUUACCACUAGCGGUACGAUCAGCGUAACAUCAAGAAAGAAAGUCGGUCUCAAGGUCUGUCUAA